GAAAUAUUUAACUGCGGCGUCAGCGGGCAGGGCAGGCGGGUGCAGGCAUGGAGGGCGGCCGGCAGUGCCCAGCCCCCGCUGUGCCCCCGGGCCAGCCCCAGGGUGACCGUCUCCAGCUCCUGCUGCGCCGCAGCCGGGAGGCCAAAAACUGUGCCUACUGCCCCUACAGCCGCUUCCCGGUGGGAGCUGCGCUGCUCACGGCUGGUGGGGAGAUCUUCUCCGGGUGCAACGUGGAGAAUGCCUGCUACAGCCUGGGGAUGUGUGCUGAGCGAGCUGCCAUCCAAAAAGCCAUCUCGGAGGGGCACACCAGCUUCAAAGCCAUGGCCAUUGCCAGUGACAUGGGCGACUUCAUCACACCCUGCGGCGCCUGCAGACAAGUGAUGAGAGAGUUUGGCACGGAUUGGGAUGUCUACCUGACCAAAGCAGAUGGCACCUACAUUGUCAAGAGGCUGGAGGAGCUGCUGCCGCUCUCCUUUGGCCCUGAGGACCUGAAGAAGGUGUGACCACCAUGGCCACCACCAUCCUUUGCCCCUGGGGCAGCAGAGGAGGAUGGUUUUCCUCAAUUUCCUCGGUGUGUAAGCGGCUUUUUGGGGAAGGCACAGUUGGAAAUGUAUUUGUGGUGCUGAGUUACCUGUUCCUUUCAUCUUCUGAUUCAGUGUUGAUUCACAGACACUGGCUCCACCUCCCCCUGAGGAAACAACAGAAUCAAAUCAUAGAAAUUCCCUGUUAUUAGUAAAAAAAUGUCCAGAUAUCCCUGUAGCCAAGAAAGGAGUUGAGUUUGAUGCAUGGCUCAAGUUUGGGCUUGUUGAUACAGAAACAACUCCUAAAUAAUGCAAAAUCAUUGCUUGGGAAAAUUCUGGAUUCUUCAGCUCUGAAGAGAGGUGAAAGCCAAAAGGAAAAGUUCCAUCAGCCCCAGCAGUAAUUAAUGAGCCAGUCCAGAUUAGGUGGAUUGCUGGAAUAGGAUGGUUAUUGCACUGAGCUUGUCCUUUGCUCGUUUCUCUCCAGCUUGUUUUCCUUGCUUUUGUUCCAUUUAUGAGGGAGAAGAGAAUGAAGAAUUUUUGAUUGCUUCUGCAGGGUUUUGUGCCUCCAGAGUAGUGCCAUUUGCUGACUGUACUAUUGAUUUAAUUAUGCACAAUGACAAAUGAAUGUGUGAUAUUUCCCAACCAGUGCUGGGUUGGGCAUUUCGGCCCAUGCCCAAGUCAAAUAAAAGCUGUUCUGGUUUA